AUGGCCGCGCACCGCAUCGGCGCCCGCCUCUCGGGCCUUUUUUACCUGGCUCUUGCUGCACGGGCCGAGGACUGCGCCGACGGCGGCCCCUUCAAGUGUACCGACGAUGCCGGCUGCCCCAGCCCCGAGGUUUCAUGCGCGCAGCUCGCUGCGCUCAAGCAGUGCGGUAGCCGCUUUGACCAGAUAUUCGACCGGCCGCCGGCGACGGCGCACCCGCGCGUGGGCGAGGCGUGCCCUGUGGCCUGCGGCUCCUGCGGCUCGGGCGGGCCUGCGGCCGGCGCUGGGCCCAGCCGCACGACCGCCGGCAGAGUGGCGCCUCCGCGGGCCUCGAGUGGGACCCGAAGCUCGACCCGAAGCCUCAAGAUCACCGCUCCCGCUGGAUCGCACGGAGGCCACCUGCUCCUCGUCGAGACGGCGGGGAGCGUCAUCAAGGUCGACGUGCCCGCCGGCGUGAGGGCGGGCGAGGCCUUCGACGUCCCGGUCCUCGCCGAGCUGUGGUCGGAGCGGCCCGUGGCGCGGCUCGCGCUCGACGGUGGGCCGGUGGCCUCGGGCGACGGCUACAAGCUCCGGUGGUGGUCGCUGUAG